UUCUACAAGCUUCGGUUAUCAAUUUAAUGUCUCCUAUUUAAGCAAAUUAAUAAGCUUUCAAUUUUUGAACUGAAGUACCUAGAAGCUUGGAAGUCAUGGCAGCAACAUUAAUGGCAGCCACAGCUAGCUCUGGCACUGUCCUUAAAUCAACCCCUUUCCUUGGUCAAACUAGGGGAUCCAACGCUAACCCUCUUAGAGAUGUUGUCUCUAUGGGAACUGGGAAAUACACCAUGGGAAAUGAAUUGUGGUAUGGACCAGACAGAGUGAAAUACUUGGGACCCUUUUCAGCUCAGACACCUUCGUACUUGACUGGAGAGUUCCCAGGAGACUAUGGUUGGGACACUGCUGGUUUGUCUGCUGAUCCUGAAGCAUUUGCCAGGAACAGGGCUCUUGAGGUUAUCCAUGGACGUUGGGCUAUGCUGGGAGCACUAGGGUGCAUCACCCCAGAAGUGCUAGAAAAGUGGGUCAGAGUGGACUUCAAGGAGCCAGUUUGGUUCAAAGCAGGAGCACAAAUUUUCUCCGAAGGCGGCCUCGACUACUUGGGCAACCCAAAUCUAGUCCAUGCACAGAGCAUCCUGGCAGUUCUUGGAUUCCAAGUUGUCCUCAUGGGCCUCGUCGAGGGCUUCCGCAUCAACGGCCUCCCCGGCGUGGGCCAGGGCAACGACCUCUAUCCUGGGGGACAGUACUUUGACCCUCUUGGACUUGCCGACGACCCUGUCACUUUCGCUGAGCUCAAGGUGAAGGAGAUCAAGAAUGGAAGGUUGGCUAUGUUCUCCAUGUUUGGUUUCUUUGUGCAAGCCAUUGUCACUGGGAAAGGACCACUUGAGAACCUUUUGGAUCACCUUGAUAACCCUGUGGCUAACAAUGCUUGGGUCUAUGCCACCAAGUUUGUGCCUGGUUCUUGAUACCCCUGUAUGCUUAAUGUGUAUGUAUCAUGUGACAUGGAAAUUAAAUUUGUAGAUUAUUAUCAUUA